UGAUUUGUAUAGAACGAAAAUAUUGGACAGAGAUAAAUGACGAACAACCAAACUGAUUUAUGGUUUCAUUCUGUUGACACAACUAACAUAAAUCAAAUCAUAAAGCAAGCUGGAACAAACUAACAAAGCAUAGAUGAACUGAAAUUUAAAUGCGUCUAUUAGUUUUGUUUUUUAACACUUUCCAUAGACCCACAAUAAAAUCUAGCCAAAUUCAAUUAGCAAAUUUAAUUGGCAGGCUUAGGCCGACAGGCUUUCUCUGCGCGAACUUCCUAAUUGCUUUUUAAUCAAAUGUUGGUAUAAAACUCCCAAUCCAUGUGGCCAAAAUUCAGCAGAUACAAAAUGAACAGCUUAAGUAACAAACUCUUCGGGUGCCAGAUUAAAUUCGCCCUUAUUGUUGGCCUCUUGGUUUCCUUGGCCUGGACUCUUCCUGUCGACGAGGAAAAAACCUCCUUGACAGCCAAGGAUGAUGCAGUGAACACCGAAAAGUUCAUUGAAGCGGCUCCAGUGGUGGAGGUGUCGGAAAAUCUUGGACAGCUUCGAUUCCCGCCUUUCAAUAACAAUAAUAAUGGAACUGGAUUCUUUGAAAGGUUCGGGGAGAAAUUCCGAAAUAAGUGGAGUUCCACUACAACAACAACUACCACUACGACUACAACAACACAAGCUCCCUCUGGAAAGUAAAAAUAACAUCAGCUUUAUCAGCUGUCAUCCAUAUUAUUAUUUAUUCAAAUUUAACUUCGUUUUUUCUUAAAUAAAAAUACAUCAAUGUAACUUU